AUGAUUUUUACAAAAAUUUGCUUUAUAAAAUGCUUAAUUAUAACUUAGUUAUUAAAAUUGAUACAAAGUUAGUAAUUUGAUAGUAGACCUCAUGUAGUAGCAGAAAAUUUACUCAUGGAUUAUGUUAGCUUAGGGGUCAUAUUUUAGAAAUCUGCGCUUUAGUAGAGCUUAUAUUCUUAAAAUGUAGGCAAUGAUAGUGUUUAAAAAAAUACUAAUUUAGUCAACAUAGUAGAAGAUUAGGAUAAAGAAAUUAAUUAAAAUAACUUAAAAAGUAAUAAUACUCGUUUAAAUCUAUUGGAUUUGGAUAAAUUAUAGUAGAAUGUUUUUUAUGUGUUAAAGAAAAAGACUAUUUAAGAUAAUAAAAUAUAAUUAUUAAUUCAGUUGUACUAGAAUUUUGACUUCUACCUUAAUACUUACAAUAAUUUUAUCAAAUGUAUUAAACUAACUCUAUACUGUAGAGAUGCUUCCUUCAUUGAUUUGGUUGCAGAAGAUGUAAAUGAUGAUUUAAGAUUUAAAUAUAAAAAUUAAAAUUUUGAGCAGAGAAAUGAAAAAUCCUUUUGCUUUAAUAAUACAAACUUUUCUAUAUUUAUUAGCGAUUACAAUGAGCCUUUCUAAUUAAAAAUAUUAAGAAAAAAUACAAAUACUUUGUUAUUCAGCUUAGAUGAAAGAUUUGUGAUGAGUGAUAAAUAUAUUCACUUGAAGUACUAAGCAAGUAGUAAGUUUAUUUUUGGGUUAGGAGAAAGAAAUUACAAGUUUAAAUUAGAAUUCAAUAAUUCGCUUUACACUUUGUGGAAUAGAGAUGUGCCCUAGGAUAUUGAAACUGCUGAUUCUAAAGGAGGUCAUAACACAUAUGGCUCUCACCCCGUUUAUUUAAUGAAAGAUACUGACUAUUAGGAUGAAAACAACCAGACAGAUACUCAUUUUCAUUUAAUUUAUCUUUAAAAUGUAAAUGCUAUGGAUAUAUUUCUAACAAAACAAUAAGAAAUCGAAUAUCGUAUUACAGGAGGAAUUUUAGAUUUUAAAAUAAUAGCAUGCGAUUCUCCUAGUAAUUGUGUGCAGAGAUACAAUGUCUUCUUAGGAAAAUAGGCUUUGAUGCCUCUCUGGGCAUAUGGAUUUCACCAAUCUAGAUGGGGAUAUUAGAAUAUAGAUGAAGUAAAAUAAAUAAUUGCAGAAUACAAUUUCAUCGAAUUUCCUGUAGAAAGUAUAUUCAUAGACAUUGAUUACAUGAUAAAUUAUAACACUUUUACAGUUAAUUAAACUAUAUUUCCUCUAAACAACUACUCUAUCAUGAAAGAUAUUGAGAAAAGGAUAGUUCCUAUCCUAGAUGUAGGAAUUGGAUUAGAAAACCAAACACUGCAAGUAAGAUAAGACGCAUUAUAUUAUAACGUAGGUGUCAAAGACCUCACCCAUAAAAUUUAUAUAGGAAGAGUUUGGCCUGGCUACACUUUAUUUCCUGACUUUUAAAAACCUAUUACAAAAAUAUUCUGGUAGAAUUACACAUUUAACUUUAUGAAGUAAAAUAACAUAUCAGCAUUCUGGUUAGACAUGAAUGAAUAUGCUAAUUUCUGUCAUGGAAUUUGUGAAGAGUUGUACCAAAAUUACAGACAAUCAUAUAAUUUAGAUGUAGAGUUAUUUGUAGAAGGUUUAGCUUAUCAGCCUGGAAGUAAACCACUUGAAAACAUGUCUUUAAGUUUGGUUAGUAUUCAUGAGGAAAGUGGAGAUUUAGAGUUUAAUUUUCAUAAUAUUAAUGGAUAUUUGCAUUCUCAGUCUACAUACAAGGCUGUCAAAUAUGAAAUGUAAAACCCUUUGCCUUUCUUGAUAUCAAGAAGCACUAUUCCUGGUAGUGGGAAUUAUGUUUCUCAUUGGGCUGGUGAUAAUAAUUCUUCAUAUGAGUUCAUGGCUUAUUCCGUGUCUAGCCUUUUUAAUUUCCAUAUUUUUGGCAUAGAUUUUACUGGUAGCGAUAUUUGUGGGUUCAUGGGAAAUACUACCUAAGAAUUAUGCAACAGAUGGGCUUAAUUAGGAUCUUUAUACCCAUUUAGCAGGAAUCAUAAUCAUGAAAAGCUGUUAAGCUAGGAAUUCUUUACUUUUGAUGAAUUUGGAGGAGCACUAUUUUCAUUCAGAACAAAAUACUCUCUGUUAAAAUAUUACUACACUCUUACUCUCAAUAACACCUACAAAAUUUAACCAGCAUUUAUGAAUUUUGCUAAUGACUCAAACCUAUAUUUAGAUAAUAUUUUAGAAACUCAUAUUAUGAUUGGUCAGCAUCUCAUCUCUGUACCUGUUUUAAAAUAAGGAUAAAAUUAUUAUGAAAUUUAUUUUCCUUAAGGGAGAUGGUAAAUUUUAAAUUAAAAUAUUUGA